AUGAAUUUCCAAAUUCUUAAUCUUUUUGUAAUUGUUUUUUCAAUUUUACUUACAUUAACUAUUACUAUUACUGUUGAUGCUCGCUUUAAUGAACAUAUUAAAAACCAUGCUAAUAAACGUAUCGCCCCACCUGCAAAACUAGUUGUGGGUUCGGAUCCCUGUGCAGGUCCUGGUAGUCAAGCAUGGAAUGACAAGAUGCUUUUUAUGCGAGGUAUAGAAAAGAAUGGUAUUGAUGAUGCAAGUAAAUGUUGUGGGGCAUGUAAUAGUGAUCCGAAUUGCAUUUCAUGGAGUUAUUUUCCGGCUCGAAAGAUCUGUUAUUUUGCUUACAAUCCAAAUAAUGGUACUGAUUUUUGCUCAUCAAAUUGUUUCGCUGUACCAUCCAAGUUGGAUUUUGAUGGCG